AUGUCUCCGGGGUCACUGAAAAAGCCGAUCCUCAAACUUAACCGACUCAUCGGUCACUCUACCGCCAAGAACCACAUAAAGAAGCCGACGAUCGGCAAGAUCGAAGCUUUGGACGAUGAGAAGGAAAAGAGGGGUCUGAUCCACGUCUACGAGAAACAAGCCAAGGAGCGCGAGCGAGAAGAACAGAAGAGGUCACUCCAAUUACGGCGGAAAGAAGCCGAAGAAGAACUACUCAAGAGUGACACUCCUGAGGCACAUGACAAGUACGGCACCUGGACUAACCCGGAGCUUCCAUCCUCUUACCUCUUGGAGCACCUGACCACGGACCAAGUCGGCGAGAAGAUCAGCUUCACAGCGCGAAUUCAUCACGUACGGCCAAUGAGUGCGAAGCUCGCGUUCGUUCUCCUCCGACAGCAAGUUGAGACUAUCCAAGGCGUUCUUCAUUGGAGCGAGGAUGGUGUUUCUGAGCAGUUCGUCCGCUGGGCAGAGCACUUGAACACCGAGAGCCGCGUUCAUGUCGUGGGAUCUGUCCGUCGAGCUCCGGAGCCGGUCAAGGGAUGCACCAUGCACGAAAUCGAAAUCAUGAUCGAGCGGAUGCAUCUCCUGAGUAGGGUCGAGGAGCCGCUUGCGAUUGAUGUCUACGGCAUGGAUCGAGUGGAGGAGAACCAAGAAACACGCCAGCUGGAACUGGUUUCAUCGAAUCGUGUCCGGGUUGGAAACCGCAUCAUUUUCCUACGAACUCCAACAGUACAGAGUAUCUUCCGCAUCAAUUCUGGUAUCUGCAGCAUUUGGCGCACGACACUCGAGGAAAAGGGUUUCAUUGAGAUACAUACACCCAAACUGCAGCCUGCGGCAACCGAAUCGGGGGCGGAGGUCUUCCAAGUCAAGUACUUUGGAAGAACUGCUUUCCUCGCUCAGAGUCCUCAGCUUGCGAAACAGAUGACCAUCUCAGCAGAUUUCGGUCGGGUUUUUGAGAUAGGCCCAGUCUUUAGAGCCGAGGACAGCAACACUCAUCGCCAUCUUACGGAGUACACUGGCUUGGAUAUCGAGAUGGCCAUUGAGAGAGAUUACCACGAGGCUAUGGAUGUCAUUGACGAUCUUUUGAAAAGCAUCUUCAAAGGGAUUUACAAGAAGUAUCGCAAAGAGUUAGACUUGAUCAAGACAAGAUUCCCCCAUGACGACUUGGUAUGGAUAGAGGAGACUCCGCGUCUAGCGUUCAAGCAAGGGAUUGAGCUCCUCAACUCAUCGGGAUGGACUGAUGACAGCGGCGAGCCGGCAUCCGAGUUCGAGGAUUUGAGCACACGCGCUGAGAUCCGCCUUGGCCAACUGGUCAAGGAGAAAUAUAAGACAGAUUACUACAUUCUAGACAAAUUUCCCAAAUCUGCGCGGCCAUUUUACACGCAUCUAGACAAGGAUGACGAUCAAUUCACAAACUCAUUCGACAUUUUCGUCCGUGGGCAGGAGAUCACCACUGGUGGUCAGCGCAUCAAUGACCCACACAUCCUAAAGGAACGCAUGAAAGAAGCAGGCGUUGACCCAAGUACGAUGGAGGAAUACAUGCAAGCUUUCGAGUGGGGGGCGCCGCCACAUGCUGGGUGUGGAGUUGGUCUCGAGCGAGUGCUUUUCCUACUAUUGAAUCUUGGCGACAUUCGAAAUGCUUCUUUAUACCCGCGGGAUCCCAAAUCUUUGCCCGAGAAAGCAAUUGGCGGAUCUGUCAAGCUGCCACACCCAGAGGCCGAUACCAUCACGUAUGCUUUCGAGCGAGAGCGAGGUACCGACAUUGAGUUGCCCACGGUCGAGAAGCUGAUUGCCAAUUAUGGCGAUGCUACCAAUACUUCUUGGUUGGAUGAUCGAUAUCAUGUAUGGCGUCAUGAUAUCACGGGUGCUGCUGUCGGAUAUGCCGAGGAAGCAGGUUAUGCUCUGGUUAUGGGAAAUCCUCUUUGCGAUCCGCGCCAGUUUGCCAUUGUCAUUCGCGCCUUUCUGAAGCACCUACGGAAGGAGAAAGAUCUACGCCCACUUUGGCUAUUGGUGUCUCCUGAAGUCGAGAACAUAUUGGGUGACAAGCUAGAUUGGCGCACUUUAACAUGUGUUGCAGAGGAACGGGUCGAAGUGGACAGCGCCAACAGGGUGGUGAAGAAGGAGCGCCAGGCACAGAACGCCGGUGUCAAAUUCCAUGAGCUCCCAACGGGCACAAUUGUGUCCGAGGAGUUCCGAAAACGAUGUGAUAAACGAAUCGAGGAUUGGAAGGGUAACCGCAAGGGUACUCAGGUGCACAUCACUGAGGUACGCCCCUGGAUUGACAUGGAGCAUCGUCGGUAUGUUUGGGCUGAGGACAAAGACGGUGAAAUUGCUGGUCUUGUCAUUCUCCACCAGCUUGCUCCACAGAACGGAUAUCAAAUCAAGUUUGCUCUGGAUUUCCCGGGCUCUCCAACUGGUAGUAUCGAGGCCUUGAUCUCAAAAUCCAUCCAGUCGCUCGCCGGGUCCGGCAUCAAGAAGGUCACCUUCGGCGCUGGCGCGAUGUCACAUCUAGACAUCGGUCACAAUUUGAAUGGAAUGCGAGCAAAGAUCUUGAGCCAUACUUACAAGGCCGUAGCUCAACAGCUGAAGCUUGUCCAGAAGAGCGAAUUCCGUGAGAAGUUUGGCACACAAGAUGAUCCUGUUUAUAUCUGCUACCCAUUCAUGGGACUCGGCGUAUCAGGAGCACGCACGCUGAUUAAGUUCUUUGAGGAUGAGAUGUAA